AUUAUAGUAGCAUGUGAGCGAGAACAUAGUGCGUUCGUAUUCGUUUUUAAAUUUUAAAUUUUACGAUUACCCAUAAUGUUUUAAUACUAUUAUACAUCAUACAUAAACAUUUUUAACUUUUAAGCCAGUGUCACUGAGAGAAUACCAUGAAUUAAGGCAUACUCAAUUAUUAAUUUAACUUGUCGAGUACAAUAAUAGUGUUUUAAUAAUAUUAUUUAAAAACGGUUUUAAAAUAUUUUAAAUCUCAGUUGGUGAUCACAUUUAAUAAAAUAUGAAUGACGAAGAAGUAAUUUGGCGUAAGCUGCUAAUUGAUGGUGAUGGAAUCGGCGAUGAUAGACGUUUAAAUAUUUUGCUUAAAACAUAUUUAAAAUGGUGUAAUACUAAAUACACAGAUCCCGUUGAAAGUCAAAAGGCUAUGGAGAAGAUGUUGGUUCAUCUCAAUUUAUGUGAGCAUGCAAUGAAGAAAUCCCAAGCCGUUUCACGUAUGAAUGUAGAAGAAAUGCUGAUGUAUGACAAUAUGUCUAGUGAAAUUGAUCAUAAUAUAACAAAUACAAAAACUGAGAUAGAUCGCGCAAAAGAAGAAUUAAAAAAAGCCAAAACCAUAAGGCGAAAUCGAAUGGAAUAUGACGUCUUAGCCAAGCUUAUUAUUCAACACCCCCCUAGAACUGAUACUGCUAAACGUCUUGAUGAUUUAAAAGAUGAACUUCAAGCAUUAAAAAUGACAAAAAAUGAAAUAAAUCAAAAACUAGAUAAGAGGCGUAAACAACUGCACGUACUUAUGUCUGCAUUAAAUGACUUAACAGAUAGUCUAGAUGAUAAUGGUUCGAUGAGUGAAGAUAUGUCAUAUGAGACAUUUGAUGAUGAAGACCUUGAUAUAUUAACAAGAAAAGACGAUGUCGAGGAGCCAAUGUCUGAUUAAUCAUUUAAAGCAAUAAAAUUGUUUAUAACCUAAUAAUAAUUUGUAUAUGGAUAAUAACAAUAGAAUCAUAACUUAAAUAAUUAAAAACACUAUAUAUCUAUUUUCAAUAUUAAUUUAUUUUAAAUAAUAAUUGGGCAAUUUAUUUUAUAUUUUCAUUAAUUUUACAUUAUAAACAGAUCCCUAAACAUACAUACAUUAAUAUAUUGCUUUGACAAUAAAAUUUUUUUUUAUUAACUACGGCAUA